AUGACAUCCAGGUAUGGAGUUGCUGCUACAAGACAGGAGGAGGAGGCCGAACAGUUCCUUUGGUCUAUGCUCGGAGACGAGUCGGAGUUAAACUUGGGUGUUGUUAGGGAUGUACUUUUUCAGUGUGGCUAUGAAGUUGAAAAGGCCUUGGAUGCCUUUCUUGAGUUGUCGUCUUCUUCCUCGAGUGAGACAUGGUAUUGCGUGGGAGAUACUCAUCACAGUUAUGUAGAGGUUCUUGCGGGCAGUACUUCUGGAACUCACCGGUGUACGAACACAGAUGACAUCUCUCAGAUGGUUGUGGAAUCUUUUUUCAACAAAUCUAAGAGGAGGAGAACUGAAAAAGAACCAAGAACCAUCAAUUCUAGGAAGAAAAGUGUCAAGCAAGUGCAGGACUCACUAGAUGUCGCCAAAGGAGCUGAAUAUGAUGCAUAUAGAGGGAGUGCAAAGCAGCACUGGCAAUCAGUAACGUCUCACUACCAGAAAGCAGCAAAUGCGUAUUCAAGCGGAUCGCGGGCAUACGCAGGUUACCUAUCGGAGCAGGCGAAAGUGAAGGCGAAAUUGGCACGAGAGGCAGAUGAGAAGGCAAGCCAGGAGAUCUUCAAAGCAAGAAACAAGGACAAGGGGGUAGAGAACGAUGUCAUGACUAUUGAUUUGCAUGGACAGCAUGUCAAACAAGCAAUGAGGCUUUUGAAACUGCACCUUGCGGAUGGGGCAAAGGAGCAAUCGCUUCGGCGCCUAAGGGUCAUCACAGGCUGUGGUGCCAGAAAGUCUAUUCUGAAACAAUCUGUCAUCAGACUCGUCCAGAAUGAAGGGAUCAAAUGGAGGGAAGAGAAUCCGGGAGCGGUAGUGAUCAAGCUAGCCUCACUGAGACAAGUUCAGGUUCAUGGAUAG